CAGGACCGCUCGGGAGGAAUCUGGCGUCUCCUUCAGCUCCUCGUGCCGCGGGAUUCCAUUAACAAGACGGGUGAAAAAAAAAAAUCAAACAACAAAAGAACAAUCAACAUAGAGAGAGAGAGAGAGCAGAGCAGAGGAGGGGAGAGAGGGGGACAGGAGAAGACAGAGGGGUCAGAUGUUUUCUCCUUCUUUCCCCCCGGACGUGUGCGUGGAGCGGAGGCGCACCUGCCGGAGUGCCCGCUCCCCUUUUUUCCUCACUAAAGAUUUCGGGUGCUGCUGAGGCUGCUGCUGCUGCUGCUGCUGCUGCUGGACCGUAAAACAACAGACAGAGAAGAGAGGAGGGGUGAGCCAAAAAAGAGUGUGUGUCCGUGUGUGUGUGAGUGUGAAACAGAGACUGGAUGGAUCCCUCUCUUCCUCUGGCACUCCACAGGCGCUCAUUCAUUUAUUUAAGCCCAACCGACGACAGCAUGCCAAGCUCGGACUCCAGCGGCAGAGCUCGGCGCAGACUUCUCAACAGAGGACAGGAGUGAGUGAGACGUCCUCCGCCGCACCGGGCCGGUCGCGCUCUCACCUGCGCAAGAGCAUCCGCGCGGGACUGUGGCGUCCUCCGACACACCAGGACCCGUCGCAGAGGAAACCCCGCCGUAGAAGCCUAUAUGGGCCCGGAGCCUCGUGAGGCCCCUGGGAUGGCGUGCAGCGCGUGUUACUACCUGGUUAUCAGCUCCACGCACCUGAGCAAUGGGCACUUCCGGCGCGUCAAGGGAGUCUUCAGAGGACCGCUGUGUCCAGCCGCAACCAGUGAUUCACCGGAGCGUGCAGAGAGGGCUUUGGGCUGCUCAGUGGAGGAUCUGAAGGCUCUUUUCUACUGUGAGCUGUGUCACAAGCAGUACCUCAGACACCAGGAGUUUGACAACCACAUCAACUCUUACGACCAUGCGCAUAAACAGCGGCUGAAGGAACUCAAGCACAGGGAGUUUGCUCGCAAUGUGGCCUCAAAAUCAUGGAAGGACCAGCGCAAACAGGACAAGGCCCUCAGACGCCUGCACAAGCUUGCACAUCUGCAACAGGAUACCCAGCGUGUCCCAGGAAGGACUUACGGACUGAGAAGUACAGUCAGGGCUGUGAGCCAACAGCAAAACAGACAUAUGGACCAAAGAGACCACAGCCCUGAAGAAAGGCCUGAAUCCUUCAACCACACCCAGAGACCCCCUCCUAAGCAACCCAGGACAGCUCCUCUCAGCCAUCCACUAGAGCAUCUAUACCAGUCUCCUUCUCAAACACCUCUGGCCACUUCCGUAGCAGCGUCCCCACUAACAGCGAAUACACACCCGGCAUCCAACACAGUAAAGCCCCAGUCUUGCUUGGAUUUGUAUCCCCAGCUUCCCCUCCCUGGGCAGGUAAGAGCAGGAGGCAGGCUCGGGGUGUCCUUCUGCUUCUCCCGCAGGGGGCCCAGGCUUGAGCCCUCCGCCUCCGUCUUCUCGGACUUGGAAGAGGAGGAGAGGGAGAAGAGGGAGCAGAUGAAAGAGAGGAUAAAGGGGAUAAUGGAAGAUAUUGACAGGGAAAUCGGGGAAGUAGAGGAAAGGAAACUCAGUGAGAGUGAGAAGCUUAAGUCCAGCUCUGACGGCGUCAGGCCGAGAGACACUGUGCCAAUCCCCAGAGAGGCUGCCAAAGAAGAGGAGGAGAUUGAAAAAAGAGAAAUAGUGAAAGAACACUGUCCCAUUUCCACAGCAGCACCUGAUAAACUGGGCCACAAUUCUCUAUUCUUGCCAUCACAGACACAGGUGACCGUGUGGGGCACAGAACUAGCGGGGGCGCACAUGGACACCGAACACACAGAUAGCGAGACGGAGAGAAAACAAGAAACAGAGAGGGGGAGGGAUGAAGGUCAGUAUAUGUGUGUGCUGGGGAAAGAUGGCUCCACCUGUCUGAGAUGGCCUGUCAGCUUGCUUAAGUUCACCGAGUCUCAACCACACAUCUGCUAUGGCCCCAACCCGCUCUGCUCGAACCCCCCGCAACCAGAAAAACUCACAGAGGGCCUGCAGGAGCCGCAAAAAACUCAGUUGUUUGCGCUCUCCGAUGAAUCCAAUCCACGCGUGCCAGCUAUUCUUACACAAGACGCUUAUCCCUGUUCACAAAGACAGACGAGGCACGAGCUGAGAGCAUACAGACAGGGAGAAGCCAAGGAGAAUUUCAAGGCAGCGCAACAUAUCGAUGUGGAGACAGAAGAACACCUGUUCCUAAAGAACAGAAACCUUUCAUCAUCAGAAACAGGAGCAGAAGGAGGGAGAUGCACACUAAGUAUGGAGAAUUGCAUGAGGGCAGCCUCCCAUCCAUUUGACCCCGCUUUUAGUGACAGGUCUGACACAAACUCUAAGAAUCCUCUAGGAGGCAGAUUAGAGGGUGCCAGAGGGAUCAGGGAGAGAGCCAUCACAGCCCUGAGCUGUAAAUCAGAGUCUGUCAUCCAGCCUGGCACUCAGGGGAUGUGCAUCAGCCCAUCCAGGUGUGAGUGUGGGAGCGAGACAAUGUGCAAGUGUGCCAGCGCUCCGCCGCCAUACGUGGGUGUCUCAGAAGUGACACACAAAAACGGGAAAGCCAGCACAAAGAAACACAAGUUGGGAAAGAGGAAGAAGAAGGGCGAGAAGGAGAAAGCCUCAAACAAGCGCCAAUCAGCGAGGUGCAAAGUGAGGAGUGUCGUCUCCACAGUCUCCACUGGCAGAGAGCGGAGUGGAGAGGCUGGAGGGAGCUGGGGGAAGAAAAGGAGGCAUGGGGAGACGGGGGAGGCGAGGAGGAGGAGGGUGCAGAGAGCAGGGAGCAGCUGUCUCCUGGGGAGAUGUGAGGCUGAGCCAGUAUCUGUCUCUGUCAGGAAGAGGAGGCCUCACAGGAGCCACAGCACUGAAUCCCAGUCACAGGCAGACAGAGAGCAGGCAGAACACUGCAGUGCCUCCUCCAAGCUCAGCAGACACGCAGCAGACACCAAGGGGGAGGGAAAGCGAGACGAAGACGCCACGACUUUUCCCUGGCGGUCUCACUUCUCCUUACACUCCUUCUCACCGGGAUGUGACUCAAAGCUGUUUUGGGAAAGGGGUCACCAUAGCAACCCCAGGAGUUUCAUUGACUGCUGUUACCCUGACAACAGCUGUGGUUGCAGCCCGGCGAGAAAGAGAAAACCCCUCCACAGGGACAGGAAAUUCAUUCAUCAUAAGAGGAAGAGUUUGAGGCGGCGUGAAGCCUGGGAGGAGAUGGAGAGCGGCAGGAAAAUGGGAGGGCGUUCAGGUUACAGAGACAGGGGCCUGAUUUCGGAUACGGAACAGUGGGAGUGGAUGAGAGGGAGCUGUCCUGGAGGCAGCGAGGAGGGCAGGACAAGGCCUGGAUGGAGGUCGAGAAACAGAGCGGCAGAGUGGGAUCGGUUGGCAAGGUUUAGCCCCAGUCCUUGCAGUUGGGGCAGGAGAAGCCGACACCUCAGCACGGAAGAUGUAGACUGGGACAGAUGGACAUGGGGCAGCAGCGACAGCUGGGAAGACAGGGGGACACACAGAUCCACAUCGGGCUCUAGGACAGGGCCAGACAGCAGAGACAGCCCCGGCCGUACAUGGAAAUGUGCAGGGAUCAGAUACUCAAGCUCGAGACACUUCUCCAGUCCUGAGUGGUGGAUGAGUAGGCCGAUAUAUAGCCCCCAGAGCAUGAUCAACACACGGGCCAGCAGAUGCCACAGCCCGCGCUCCUGCAGCCCCUGCAGCAGCACCAGCAUGUCCGAGCUGAGCUGGGAGUGGAGCAGGAGCAGCACCUGCUCAGGGGUGGAUGUGACAGUCAGCUCCUGCAGGACAUCCACAGGAACUCAAGGACUCUCAUCCGAGGGUCCACAGGAGGUGAAGAAGCAGAGCAGCCCCAUGUCCAUUCCAUCCAGCCUUACCUCGAGCUCCUCUUCUCAUUCUCCUCCCCACAGAUCCUCUUUGACUCCUGCAGUUGCAGGCCACCAUUGUGACACAAGUCCCUUUCAGUUAAAGGAGCAAAAUUCACAGUCUGACCUUGCACAUGGGCCCUCUGCCAGUGUCACAUCAAACAGGUCAGGCACAACUCCAGGACUGUCCCCCAGUAAGUCUGUCCCACAGAAACCAGGCAGGAUGUUGCUUCUCCCUCUGAUAGGGAAAUUACCUGCGAUCCAGAGAAAAGCGAGGAGGAAAAUAAGGCUGCUGGAGAAGAGUCAGGAGAAAGAGGCAGAGGACGAAGAGGAAGCUAAGGGCAGUGGAGGGGAUCCCAGAGCUGUCGUCAGCAGUCAAAAAUGUCCUCUGGACGUGGCUGACUCAAACCGCAGCAGCACGCCAAAUCGCUGCCCAUCACAGAUUAGGACUGAUGACAAACAGACAGGUGGAGAGACAGCUCCGCCAAUCAGCUUUACCGCUGAGGAGAUGGACAAAUAUCGCCUCCUGCAAGAGCAGGCAAGAGAGCACAUGCAGAAAGUCCUGGAACAGACACUGGAGAGUGCAGAUAGAGACAAACUACACACAGAGACAAACUACACACACACAGCACAGACAGACAACUGUGGGACUUCAGAGGAACAGUACACACCUGCACCCCUGCACAACCCCACACAGCCUCAAACCCAAAACAUUCACACAGACACAAUGCACACGCAAGCACAGCAUACCCUGCAGGUCAACCUCCCACUCCCACAUGUGACCCCACAAGAGAACUUUCCUCAGCCUAUGGCUCUGGGAGUCCCCAGCCUCCCCCCUCUUCCACCAUCACCCCCUCUCUCCAGCCUCCAUCAUAUCAUUUUACAACACACGGCCCUCUCCAUGCCCCCCUCGUCCUCAUCCUCCUCCACCUCAUCGCCCUCACCUGCCAUCCACCCACACCCGGCUCAGCUCCCUCACCCCCUGACCCAUCUGCACCCAUCCCUCCCCCAUCACCUUCACCUCUCUCCCUUCUCCAUAUCCUCCUUGUUCCCCUCCAUCCUGCUGUCUCAUCACCCCAUCCCUCUCAUCCCCCAGUCCCCAGCUUUUCAUGCGGCACAGCUCGCUCCGCUCUCCCCGGUAGCUCUGCAACCGUUGACCCCACAGCCUUUCAUGGACAGAGCAUGGCCAGUCAGGUUUCAACAGAAGGCGUUGUGAUUUUCACAGAGUGGCUGCCAUGUUUAUUAAUCCGUCUUGGCAACACAGACUAGUUAGAGGGAGAUGGAGAGCACGAGGGAAUUUUUGGUUUGGAUAAAAGCCUGUUAUUUGAAAUGGGGAUGUGUCAGUACUCUUUCUCACAUAUGCCCUCACACACACCCACCCACACACACACACACACACACACACACACACAUGCCUGCAUGCAUACACACAAACAACCCGACUAUUGACUGUUUUCAAAUGAGAAUUUGUUUCUCCAUCUAGCUUCUGCUGUGUUGUAGCAGACAGUGAGAAAACAGACUUUGAUCCUUUGCUUUUUCCAUCAUUCCUCAUUCAGGCCCAGAAUAAAGGGAAAGGUGCACCUGCUAUUCAAAGACAAGCUGGGCUUGUGUCAUCCUCUCCCCUUCCCUCUGAACCUCAGACAGACCAGCUGCCUUUUGAAGUAUCCCUUAUGCCCGGGACAGAGGGGCAAGAGAGGGUGAUAAUACUCCCCCCCUUAUCUCCAUUUCAUACAGGUUAUCUGAGUUAGAGUGUGACUUUCAACAAACAUAAAUAGUGUUCCAGGGACCGGGGGGCAUAGCGCAGCCAUUUUAACCUUGGUGUGUGCACUGUAUUUGUGUGUGUAAGAUAGAGAUUAUUCUGGAUUGACACAUACACAUAUACACAGUAAGAAGAACAACUCAUUUCCAUAUCUGACACAUUUUGCCUCUAUAGUGUAAAUAUUCUGUGAUAAUAUUAAAAUCAUGGGAAACAACGAAAUAAAAGGUGGAUUUAACCUUGACCAGUGGUUCACUGCUUCAGAUUAUUUUUCUUUCCACACAGCAUUUAGAAUUAAAUCAGUUGUCUUCAUGCCAAUAAAUGAAUCAGAUCUUCUACAGUAAAACUUAUGUGUAAAUAAAUGGGCUGUCAUGCUCUUUCUUA